AUGGCACUGAGAGAGAGAGGAGAUGCGUGGGCGAGCGACGACGGCGGACCACCGGAGGUCACUCUUCAGACCUCCAUGGGCUCCUUUGCAGUUGAGAUGUACUACGACCAUGCACCCAAGACUUGCAGGAACUUCAUAGAGUUGGCUCGCAGAGGCUAUUACGAUAACGUCAAAUUCCACAGAAUCAUUAAGGAUUUUAUAGUGCAAGGUGGGGAUCCAACUGGGACUGGCAGGGGUGGCGAAUCAAUUUAUGGGAAACAUUUUGAGGAUGAGCUAACCCCAAAGUUAAAGCAUACUGGAGCUGGUAUUAUAUCCAUGGCAAAUGCUGGUCCAAAUACAAAUGGAAGUCAAUUCUUUAUUACAUUGGCACCAGCACAAUCACUCGAUGGCAAGCAUACAAUAUUUGGGAGAGUAUGUAGAGGAAUGGAAAUUAUCAAGAGACUUGGCAGUGUUCAAACUGACAACACUGAUAGGCCCAUACAUGAUGUGAAGAUUCUACGGGCAACAGUCGAAGACUAA